UUAAGUAGAUGUCAGCCUUUAGAAGAACGUUACAACUUCUGCCGACGCUGCAGAGGUCCUACCAUGUCCAGAACAUGAGUAGUAAGUGUUAUGUAGCCCACCCUGCUACUCACUGUCCUGUCAAACGUGCCAGACACACGGUAGUGAGCAGUCCUGUGCCGUGCCCAUCACGUGACUUACACACUUCAGUACCACAACACAACGCUACAGUAGUUCCCUUUAAACUAUCCGAUAUUGGAGAGGGUAUUGCUGAGGUCACUAUCAAAGAAUGGUAUGUGAAUGUAGGGGACGAAGUGGCCCAGUUUGAUAACAUCUGUGAGGUGCAGUCUGACAAGGCAACAGUUACAAUAACCUGUAGAUAUGAUGGAAUUGUGCGUGCUGUGCACUUUGCGGAGGAGGAUAUCUGCAAGGUGGGUCAGGCUCUUGUGGAUAUAGAGGUGUCCGACGAAGCAUCAAUUACUUUAGAAGCAGAGAACGUGCUGCCUUCCAACUCCUCUUCUGAAACAGUCCCAGUGCCAAUCCAGACCCAAGGUAGCGCUACCUCAAGUGCUACACCGAGCGCUACACCGAGCGCUGCACCCCCACCCCCUCCAACACCUGCUACCCCGGCUCCUGAAAGAGAGAUCCUUACUACUCCUGCUGUGCGCAAACUAGCUGCUGAUAAGAAGGUAGAUUUGGUUUUAGUGCCAGGAAGUGGUAAAGGUGGUAGAAUCACUAAAGAUGAUCUGUUGAACUACCUUGCUUCAGCCGGGUCAGCAACCGAACAAGUUUCUCAGGAGCCGCUUGUAAGAAGGGAGCCAGCCCCCAUAGCCACAAUACCCACAGCUCAAUUCUGGAACUCAUCUCCUACAUCUCAACUGAUGGGAGGAGGCAAUCAGUCUGAGGAUACUGUUGUUGAUAUUAAAGGAAUAGCGAAGGUGAUGGUCAAGACAAUGUCUGCAGCUCAACAGGUCCCCAGAUUUACAUACCACGACGAGUAUUCCAUGGACAAUAUUGUGCAACUGAAAGAUAUGAUAAAGAAGCUGGGAAAAGAGCACAAGAUCAAGCUAACUUUCAUGCCACUGCUGAUAAAGGCUGCCUCACAAGCCAUGGCUGACUUCCCCAUGGUCAAUGCUCACGUUAACUCUGAUUGCACCGCUAUAACCUACAAAGCGUCCCACAAUAUCGGUAUUGCUACUGAUACUCCACAUGGACUUAUGGUUCCUAACAUCAAGAAUGUUCAGAAUCUGUCAAUCCUGGACAUAGCGAGCGAGCUGGACCGACUUAAAACCUUAGGAAAUAACAAUAAGUUAUCUGCUGAUGACGUCACAGGAGGAACUUUCAGUCUCUCUAACGUUGGAGCAGUGGGUGGUACCUACGCUUCACCCAUGUUGGUGGUACCUGAGGUCUGCAUUGGUGCUUUCGGCAAAAUACAGACCCGUCCAGCGUUCAACACAGCAGGUGAGGUGUACGCUGCUAACACCAUGUGUGUCAGCUGGUCAGGUGACCACAGAGUUCUGGACGGUGCUACUGUUGCUCGGUACUCCAACACCCUCAAACGCUACCUCGAGAACCCUAGCCUCCUGCUAUUUUAUCUGAAGUAGAUUUAAGGGGUGUGGUUUUUACGUUAGAUCUUUAAAAGUGUUACGUUUUCGGUUUUUGAGAUAUUCUUACAGUUUAUUUUGAGGCUUAUUAAUUAACGUUUUGAAGAAGUUUUAACGAUUUUGGUUGUUGAAAUUGUCUACGAGUUAAUUUCGAGCAACCCAGGAUACAAUUUUAGAUUAGUCCGUUUUUAAUUCUAAAACUUAAAUGGUUAAUUUCUUCAAGGUUUUUAAGGCUCCCCUUCGUAUGGUAAUUUAUUCCUUAACUUUUGGACAACAUGGCAAAAUAUACAGCUAUAUUUCAGCUCAAUAGAGUAUUAGAGUAUGGUACGUAUCAGAAAUAUUAAGUUUUUAGUUUUUCAAUUUUGACCGAAAAAUUGUGAAAAUUAUAUGCUCAUUUUAGCCAUUUAUUCCUCAACUUUUGGUCAAAUGGACAUAGGCAUCGAUGGGGUUGGCACCCCCUCAAAUGUUUUCUCAUGUUAAGCUCCAACACUGACAUUAGAUACUAAGCUUGGAAGUAAGCCUCAAUUCCUACUCUCCCUCACAUAAUCACAUAUGUUUCUUAUAUAUAUCUAUAAUAUAAGGUAUACCGACGAGUCCUUUAAAAUGGAUAAUAGCAUAAUACUUAUAUACGAGUUAGUGGACCAUUUAGCGGUCCGCCACUUAAAGAAUUUACCUCGGUUGCUACAACUACUACUAUUAGUAGUAGACUAUAACUACUACGACUCUUAAACGAGCUUAACAUCAUGUUUAUCAGCUAGGCAGUACACGUACGUAGUGUUAUUUUAACUAUCCUAUGUGUGUAGCAAUGAAGAACAAUAGCGAAUCAUCGGUAACAUUCCUAUCGCAGUGUUAAAAGCUUGCUGCUUAAUUUGCUUGGAGAGCUUAACUCUUUAGUUUAUAAUAAACGUUCGUUCAUUCUCGAACGUUUUGAAUAUUCAUUAGCAGUGAUGAUUUUCUUAGUUAUUGGAUGAGCUGCUUCAUAAGCAACGGAGAAUUGCUAAUUUGAAUUGUCGGUUCGUGUCGACGUUUUUAUCUUGUUAGAUAUAAGUUAUCAAUAGGUUGAUUUGGCAAGGACGGCUACUUUCCAAAUUGCUAUUUACUGGUUACAGUGUGACUUCGUUAAGGCCGCUUAUUAAUGUUUAAAGUUUUGCAUGCGUUUGGAUGUAAUCAUCAAAUUUCUUUAGUGGAUGUUUACAAUUAUUAAUUUAUUAGUAGUUAAAUUGGGGUUGAUUAACAAAUACUGAUGCCUUUAGGGUUAGUUAGAAUAAAAUCAAGAAUGUAGGCAUGAUUUUUUUCAUAUUUGUACCAUGACCUGUGUACAAAGUAAAAAGAUCAGAAAAUUUUGAGAAUAGAGUUUUUGUAUUUUUUGUAAUAUUUUGCUUAUAUUAAACUUUGAGGCUCUGUUUACGACUUAAGACUAUAACUUAUUUAUAAUAUUUAAGAAUUUAGAGGCAGUAUAAAAUAUUAUCUGUAUUCGAGAAUGUAAACUUGAGAAUAAAAUUAUAAAACGCAUUUAUAAAU